CCCCCAUCCACACAGCACAGACACCCACAGAGAGACUUACAGAACGCUUCUCACCGCCACCACCACCACCACCUCAUCAUCACCACUCAUCACCACCACCACCUCAGCGGCUCCACGUCGUCAGCCUGUGCGCCUCCACCAUGAGGGACCGCCUGGAGGAGCUCCGUCAGAACAACGCCUUGGACGAGGUGGAUGUUGGUGAGGACAUGACCACCAUGAGUCACGUAAACAUCAGCAUGGAGAGAGACUUCAUGGACGAGUUCUUUAAGCAGGUGAGUGAGAUUCGGGGCUCUGUGGAGCGAAUCGCUCAGCUGGUGGAGGAGGUGAGGAAGACACACAGUGCCAUCCUGUCAGCUCCCAACACAGACGACAAGGUGAAGAUGGAACUGGAACAGACGAUGGCUGAAAUUAAGCGAUUAGCAAACGGGGUCCGCUCAAAACUCAAGACCAUGGAUCAGAGGAUUGAACUGGACAGUGGCGAUCAUAAUGCAGCCGACUUGAGGAUUCAGAAAACCCAGAACCUGGCACUGUCCAGGAGGUUUGUGGAGGUGAUGACGGAGUACAACAACACACAGACAGAAUAUCGUAGCCGCUGCAAAGGGCGCAUCCAGAGACAACUUGAGAUUACUGGCAAAACGACGACUGACGAGGAGCUGGAGGAGAUGUUGGAGAGUGGAAAUCCAACAAUCUUCACUUCCGGGAUCAUCAUGGACUCCAAGCUGACUAAGCAGGCCCUGAGUGAGAUUGAGUCUCGUCACUCAGACAUCAUGAGGCUGGAGACUUCCAUCCGAGAGCUCCAUGACAUGUUCCUGGACAUGGCCAUGCUGGUGGAGGCACAGGGUGAGAUGGUGAACAACAUUGAGCACAAUGUGGAGAACUCUGUGGACUACGUGGGCCAGGCCAAGGAGCAGACUAAGAAGGCCGUCAAGAUGCAGACCAAGACACGUAAGGUGAGACGGCCACCUGACUACUAGCACACUCACUCACUAGUACACUCACUCACUAGCACACUCACUAGUACACUCACUCACUAGUACACUCACUAG